UUUGAUUUGAAAUUUUGGACUAAGAAAAAGGCAGCGGCAAUUCAAAGACGAAAGGGGCCAGCCAGUAAGUGAUCCGUCGAGACAAACGCGGCUGAACAGUCUCAGGCACUUGAACUUUUCGUGUAACAUUUCUUUCUUGUUUGCUUGUCUAUUUGUUUGUUUUUAAUUGAUUACAAAAUUCUUAACUCGGUUCUUGUAAGAUUUCGAAUUCUCCGCCCGGUUCUAUUUCAGCUUCUAUGUUUUUGUGGUUUCCUUUUCUUUUUCAAAAUUUUCCGCCGAAUUUUUUUUUUUGAAUGGAGAGAACUUUUUUAAAUUUUGGAUAGGCAAAGGCCAAAGAGAAUCUAUGUAUAGAACUCGCUAAAACAAGGCUUCUGAUCGGGAACUUUUGGUCGCUGGAAAGAUCAAUUUGAUGAUGUUGUCCAAAGUUGAAGCUAAGAAGAAGAAUGGUGAAGAUUCUGGUAAUAGGAAGUUGUUGAAUGAAAUUGAAGCUAUUAGCAGGGCUUUGUAUUUGGACAAGAACCCUCCAAGGACUUCAUUUUCUGCUUUGAAUACAUGGUCAAAACCAGCUGGGAAAACAUACUAUCCCGAACCAAAAUCGAAGCUUAAGAAUAGUAAUGAGGACUCAUCUCGUAAAGACAAGAAAUCCAUUUGGAAUUGGAAGCCUUUGAAGGCAUUCUCAAAUGUUAGAAACCGUAGGUUUGCUUGUUGUUUCUCACUUCAAGUACACUCCAUUGAAGGUUUGCCGUCUAGUUUUAAUGAUUUUAGUCUAUGCGUGCACUGGAAGAGGCGGGAUGGGGGGCUAAUGACUCGCCCUGCUAAGGUUCUUGAUGGAACUGCUGAAUUUGAAGAGAAGCUGACACAUACAUGUUCAGUACAAGGUAGUCGAAGUGGACCUCAUCAUUCAGCCAAGUAUGAGGCCAAGCAUUUCUUGCUCUAUGCUUCUGUGUUUGGAACACCAGACCUUGAUUUGGGGAAGCAUCGACUUGACCUUACACGGCUGCUUCCACUUACAUUGGAGGAAUUGGAGGAAGAGAAGAGCUCAGGGAAGUGGACAACAAGUUUUAAGUUAUCAGGGAAAGCCAAGGGUGCUACAAUGAAUGUUAGUCUUGGGUAUAUGAUCAUUGCGGAUGAUUGUGUGCCACUAGGAAAUAGUCAAUACAGCUCCAAUUUGUCACAUCUGAAGAGUAUGGGAAAAUCAAUUACUAAGUUUGCUAAUGGUGACCAGAAGGGCACAAUGAGGCGUGUUGAGAGUCUUCCCGGUUUUGUUAAUUUUGGGUCUUUUGGCUCAUCUCUUCUUGCAGAGGAGGUAAAAGAUCUUCAUGAAGUUUUGCCAGUGUCAAAGUCAGAGCUCGAUGAUACAAAAAGGGUAGAUCAGAAAUUUGAUGACGACAAGGCAGAUGCUUCAUCUGCUUCUAAGCCAGGACCUGAUGUGUUAGCUGAACAGCUUGAGCCCAUCAAACCUCCAUCUUACUUUGGACCUGAAUCAAGUAAGGAGAAUAUUGAAAAGGAAACUGAAGAUAACGACUUCUGUAUUGUGGAAAAAGGGAUAGAGGUAUCUUCAGAAAAGCAGGCUCUAUUGACAAUGGAAAGCCCUGAAGAUGUUAAAAGUAAUCCCGGUAUGGGAGUAAAUCAGGAAAAAUUCUCUCAUCUUCAUUCCUCAAAUGAGGCGAGUAGUAGUAAUCAAAGUGACGUGCUUGUGGUGCAAGACUGCAAUUCCAAAGAGGAUGAUCAGUGCUCAAAAGAAACAUUGAUGAGAGAAUUGGAGUUAGCUUUAGAUGGCAUUACAAACUUGGAGGCGGCAUUAGAUUCUCCUGAUCCUGAAGACUACUUGGAGAAUAAAGCUAAUUAUAAAACAAAUAGGAAGGCAAAGUCACUUAGCUUGGAUGAAGUUACGGAGUCCGUGGCAAGUGACUUCUUGAAUAUGCUGGGUAUUGAUCAUAGUCCAUUUGGCUCGAGUUCUGACAUUGAGCCGGAGUCUCCAAGGGAGCGUUUACUUAGGGAGUUUGAGAAAGAUGCUCUAGCCAGUGGUUUUUUGUUAUUUGAUUUUGACAUGGCCGAGGGAGAGGACUUCGACACUUCAACUACAUCUGGUUGGGGGAACUUGACUGAUGAUCUGUCAUCUUUUAUUUUAGAUGGUGAGCAAGAGCGUCAGGUGGCAACUAAUCAGAGCAGCAAAACAAGGGCUAAAGUGUUGGAAGACCUGGAGACAGAAGCUUUAAUGCAUGAAUGGGGAUUGAAUGAGGAAGCUUUUCAUCAUUCUCCGCCUGGCACUUCUGGUGGAUUUGGGAGUCCAGUUCAUUUUCCUCCUGAAGAGGCACUUGAAUUGCCUCCUCUUGGAGAAGGGUUAGGUCCAUUUCUUCAGACAAAGAAUGGAGGGUUUUUGCGGUCUAUGGAUCCCUCGCUUUUCAGCAACGCUAAAAAUGGUGGGAACCUGAUCAUGCAGGUUUCUAGUCCUGUUGUGGUACCUGCUGAAAUGGGUUCUGGUAUAAUGGAUAUACUUCAGCGACUGGCCUCAGUUGGUAUUGAAAAGCUCUCUAUGCAGGCAAGUAAGUUGAUGCCUUUGGUGGACAUAACCGGCAAGAAUACGGAACAAGUAGCAUGGGAAACUGCCCUUAGUUUGGAGGGACCAGAGAGGCAGUGUCUGUUGCAGAAUGGGUUUGAGGUUGGGCAAGAUCUGUCUAGUGGGCAAAAGGAAGUUAAAAGAAGAUCACCUCUACUCAGCUCUAACAAAUGUAGUUCGACCUCCGUCAACGGGAUGGGCUCAGAUUAUGUAUCCCUUGAAGAUCUUGCUCCAUUGGCAAUGAAUAAGAUUGAAGCACUCUCCAUGGAAGGCUUGAGAAUUCAAUCUGGCAUGUCAGAUGAGGAUGCGCCUGCAAACAUCAGUGCGCAGUCAAUUGGGGAAAUUUCGGCCCUUCAAGGCAAGGGGUUUGGUGUUAGUGGGUCUCUUGGUCUGGAUGGAACCGGUGGGUUGCAAUUGUUGGACAUAAAAAACAAUGGUGAUGAUGUUGAUGGAUUAAUGGGUUUGUCACUAACUCUUGAUGAAUGGAUGAGACUUGAUUCCGGUGAACUCGAUGAUGAUGAUGAUCAAAUAAGUGAGCGGACUUCUAAAAUCCUUGCUGCUCAUCAUGCUACAUCAUUGGACUUGAUUCGCAGAGGGUCAAAAGGAGAGAAAAGACGGGGUAAAAAGUGUGGUUUGUUAGGAAAUAACUUUACGGUGGCAUUGAUGGUGCAACUUCAUGAUCCUUUAAGAAACUAUGAGCCAGUCGGUACACCCAUGCUUGCACUUAUUCAGGUGGAGAGAGUAUUUGUGCCACCAAAGCCAAAAAUAUAUACUACAGUAUCAGCUUCGAGGAAUGACAAUCAAGAGGAUGAUGACUCAGACUCCGCGGUGAACGAGGUGGAGGAGGAGGAGAUAAAAGAAGAAAAAGCUUCCCAAGAGGAAGAGAUUCCUCAAUUCAGAAUCACAGAAGUCCAUGUUGCAGGCUUGAAGAGUGAACCUGGCAAGAAGAAACAUUGGGGUACCAAGACCCAACAACAGUCCGGUUCCCGUUGGUUGCUUGCCAACGGAAUGGGAAAGAGCAAUAAACAUCCAUUGUUGAAGUCCAACUCCAAGGCUGCUCCCAAAACUUCAACCCCUUCAACAACAAAGGUUCAACCAGGUGACACUCUCUGGAGCAUCUCGUCUCGUAUUCAUGGUACCGGAGCCAAAUGGAAAGAAUUGGCAGGCCUUAAUCCCCAUAUUCGAAAUCCCAAUGUUAUAUUCCCCAAUGAAACCAUCAGGUUGAAAUGAGAUGCACAUGCAUUGGAAUCUUGUUGAAAGGGUUAAGCUCCUAAAUUAGAUGACAUGACUGAUGGAGAACCACAUUAUACAGAUUUGAGAUCAAACAAGGUUGAUGGGUUCCGCCUCUGGAGAUUAUCUUGUGUUUAUGUUGAAUGUGUUCGUUCAUGUAAAUUCAAGUCAAAAGCAAAAGGUAUGGUUACAUUUCUCGUUUGGGUCUUGUAAAUUAUAUGUUUUCAAUGAUCAUAAGUGCUUGAUGUAAUUUAUGUCUCACUUAAUGCAAUUGUGUUUUGCAAAAGACGGCCAAGUAAGGAAAUUUUGUGGCAUAAA